AAACUUAGCUCUCGUUUACAACAUUUUCCUCCUCGGUCUCGGCAUGGACUUGAGGAUGAUAAAGAUCAAAGACACCAAACCAGUGAUCAUAGCCAUUGUUGGCCUCCUUGUGGCUUUACUUUCCGGUACUGGCUUUUACUACCUUCCGGGUAACGGAGACUCCGACAAAAUUCUAGCAGGUUGUGUUUACUGGUCGAUCGCAUUUGGCUGUACAAAUUUCCCCGAUCUUGCUAGGAUUCUUGCGGAUCUCAAGCUCUUGCGUUCGGAUAUGGGACAUACCGCAAUGUGUGCAGCCAUUAUUACUGAUUUGUGCACUUGGAUCCUCUUCAUUUUGGGAAUGGCGAGUUUUUCCAAAGCUGGUCUACGGAACGAAAUGCUGCCAUACUCAUUAGUAUCAACCACAGCUUUUAUCAUUCUCUGCUACUUUGUGAUCCAUCCUGGAGUGGCUUGGGCCUUCAACAACACCGUCAAAGGAGGUCAAGUAGGAGAAACUCACGUAUGGUUCACUCUCGCCGGAGUCCUUAUUUGUAGCUUAAUCACCGAAGUAUGUGGUGUUCACUCAAUUACCGGAGCAUUCUUGUUCGGUCUCUCGAUCCCUCACGACCACAUCAUUCGAAAAAUGAUCGAAGAGAAGCUCCAUGAUUUCCUCUCCGGAAUACUAAUGCCUCUUUUCUACAUCAUUUGCGGUUUAAGAGCUGAUAUUGGUUACAUGUCCAAGUUCGUGAGCGUUGGAAUGAUGGCGUUUGUGAUUUCUGCGUCAAUUAUGGUGAAGAUUUUGUCAACGAUUUUUUGCUCCAUCUUCUUGCGUAUGCCUUUGCGUGAUGGUUUCGCCAUUGGUGCACUUAUGAACACCAAGGGAACUAUGGCAUUAGUCAUUCUUAAUGCAGGAAGAGACUCCAAGGCAUUGGACGUUAUUAUGUACACUCAUAUGACGUUGGCGUUUCUAGUGAUGUCAAUGGUGGUGCAGCCACUACUGACCUUUACUUACAAACCAAAGAAGAAGUUGAUUUUCUAUAAAAACCGAACCAUUCAAAAACACAAAGGAGAGUCAGAGCUUUCUGUAUUGACAUGCGUCCAUGUCCUCCCUAACGUCUCUGGCAUAACCAAUCUAUUACAACUCUCUAACCCGACCAAGAAAUAUCCUCUUAACGUUUUUGCCAUCCACCUGGUCGAGCUAACGGGUCGCACCACGGCUUCGUUGCUCAUUAUGAACGAUGAGGCCAAACCAAAAGCUAACUUUGCUGACCGAGUUAGAGCGGAAUCUGACCAGAUCGCUGAGAUGUUCACAGCUCUGGAAGUGAACAACGAUGGGAUUCUGGUUCAGACCAUCACCGCCGUUUCACCUUACGCGACGAUGCACGAAGAUAUUUGUUCGCUGGCCGAGGAUAAACAAGCCAGCUUCAUUUUAUUGCCUUACCAUAAGAAUAUGACGUCAGACGGUCGGUUAAAUGAAGGAAACGCGGUGCAUGCUGAAAUCAACCAAAACGUUUUGAGCCACGCGCCUUGUUCGGUUGGGAUUUUGGUUGACCGUGGCAUGACGACUGUCCGGUUUGAAUCUUUUUUGUUCCAAGGCGAAACCACAAAGAAAGAAAUCGCAAUGCUAUUUGCUGGAGGUCGAGACGACCGGGAGGCUUUGGCUUACGCUUGGAGGAUGGUGGGACAAGAAAUGGUUCAACUCACGGUUGUGAGAUUCGUCCCAAGCCGGGAAGCUCUAGUCUCGGCCAAAGCCGCGGUGGAGUACGAGAAGGAUAAACAUGCCGACGAAGAAUGCAUCUACGAGUUUAAUUUCAAGACUAUGAAUGAUUCGUCAGUGACUUAUAUAGAGAAAGUGGUUAACGAUGGCCAAGAUACGGUCACAGCGAUUUUAGAAUUGGAAGAGAACAAUUCUUACGAUCUUUAUAUUGUAGGAAGAGGCUAUCAAGUAGAAACACCUGUGACCGCAGGAUUGACAGAUUGGAGUAGUACUCCGGAUUUAGGGACUAUAGGCGAUACAUUAAUUUCAUCAAACUUCACAAUGCAAGCUUCGGUUCUUGUGGUCCAACAAUACUCAUCUGCUAACAGGCAAACCGCAGGUAACAACAAUCAAGAACCUGUCCAAGGUGGAGCCAAGACCGCUCAUGAGGCUAAGCCUUUUAUGGAAGACGAGGAUGAUGAAGAAGAACAUAAGUAUGAUAUCAGAAUGCGCAAAUGACAAGUGUUUUUCUUAUUCCA